UCUCCAGGUCCAGGCAGCUCGGGCCCCUAUGAGCCCUGGUGUAGCAGAGACCCAGGCUUCUUGGUAGAGGCCCAGAGCCCUGUACUGCCACCACUGCCGGACGAUGCUCAGGACCUCGGGGCUAGCACUGCUGGCUCUGGUCAGUGCUGUGGGCCCAAGCCAGGCCAGCGGCUUCACAGAAAAAGGCCUCUCCCUGUUGGGCUACCAGCUGUGCAGCCACCGUGUGACCCACACUGUACAGAAGGUGGAGGCCGUGCAGACGUCCUACACGUCCUAUGUGUCCUGCGGCGGCUGGAUCCCCUGGAGGCGGUGCCCUAAGAUGGUUUACCGGACCCAGUACCUGGUAGUGGAGGUCCCCGAGUCCAGGAACAUGACUGACUGCUGUGAGGGCUAUGAACAGCUCGGCCUCUACUGUGUCUUGCCCCUGAAUCAGUCCAGGCAGUUCACGUCAAGACCCGGGGUCUGCCCCGCAGAGGGGCCUGAACCAUCCACCUCCCCCUGCAGCUUGGACACCGACUGUCCUGGACUUGAGAAGUGCUGCCCCUGGUCAGGGGGGCGCUGCUGCAUGGCCCCUGCACCCCAAGCUCCAGAGAGGGACCCUGUGGGCUCCUGGUACAACGUCACCAUACUGGUGAAAAUGGACUUCAAGGAACUCCAGCAAGUGGACCCCAGGCUCCUGAACCACAUGCGCCUUCUGCAUUCCUUGGUCACCAGUGCCCUGCAACCAAUGGCCUCCACCGUCCACCACCUGCACUCAGCCCCUGGGGACGCCUCCACCACAGUGUCGCGGCUGCUACUGGGCCUGCCGCGGCCACUGCCUGUGGCCAACGUCUCCACCCUGCUGGGCGCCAUUGCGAAGCGUGUCUAUGAAGUGAUCAGCGUCCAGGUGCAAGAUGUCAAUGAGUGUUUCUACGAGGAGCUCAAUGCCUGCUCUGGAAGGGAACUGUGCGCAAACCUGGAGGGCUCGUACCGGUGCGUCUGUCACCAGGAAGCUCCAGCCACAUCUCCACGGAAGCUGAACCUGGAGUGGGAAGAUUGUCCUCCAGUCAGUGACUACGUGGUCCUCAACGUCACCAGUGACAGUUUUCAAGUAUCCUGGCGUUUAAAUUCUACACAGAACCACACUUUCCAUGUCCGGGUUUACCGGGGUAUGGAGUUGCUCAGGAGCGCCAGGACACAGAGCCAGGCACUGGCGGUGGCUGGGCUGGAGGCUGGAGUGCUGUACAGGGUGAAGACCAGCUACCAGGGGUGCGGGGCCGACGUCUCCACCACGCUGACCGUCAAAACCAAUGCCCAGGUAUUUGAAGUCACAAUAAAGAUUGUAAACCACAACCUGACGGAGAAGUUACUCAACCGCAGCAGCGUGGAGUACCAGGACUUUUCUAGACAACUGCUUCACGAGGUCGAGAGCUCCUUCCCACCGGCGGUGUCUGACUUGUACCGGAGUGGGAAGCUGAGAAUGCAGAUUGUGUCUCUCCAGGCGGGAAGCGUGGUCGUGAGGCUCAAGCUCACCGUGCAGGACCCCGGGUUUCCCAUGGGCAUCUCCACGCUGGCUCCCUUACUCCAGCCCCUGUUGGCAAGCACAGUGUUCCAGAUUGACUGGCAGGGGACACGCGUGCAAGACUGGGACGAGUGUGUGGACAGCGCGGAACACGACUGCUCACCGGCUGCCUGGUGCAUCAACCUGGAGGGCUCCUACACCUGCCAGUGCCGUACCACCAGGGACGCCACCCCCUCCCGCGCAGGCCGGGCCUGUGAGGGUGACCUGGUGAGCCCCACGGGCGGUGGACUGUCUGCGGCAACAGGGGUAACGGUCCCAGGUCUUGGCACGGGAACAGCAGCCCCCGGCCUAGAGAACUUCACCCUGUCACCCAGCCGUGGGCACCCUCAGGGCACCCCGGCAGCAGGCCAGGCCUGGACCCCAGAGCCCUCACCCAGAAGAGGGGGCAGCAGUGUGGUCGUGUAUGACAGGAACAACACAGGAAAAGGCGUGGAGCAGGAGGUGCCCAGCGCUGCCCCGGGUCUGGGGAUGGACCAGGGGAGCCCCAGCCAGGUGAACCCCAGCCAGGGGAGACUCAGACAGGAGAGCACCAGCCAGGCGAGCCCCAGCCAGAGGAGCACCAGCCAGGGGAGCACCAGCCACGCGAACUCCAGCCAGGGGAGCCCCAGCCAGGAGAGCCCCAGCCAGGGGAGCCCCAGCCACGCGAACUCCAGCCAGGGGAGCACCAGCCAGGGGAGCCCCAGCCAGGAGAGCCCCAGCCAGGCAAGCCCCAGCCAUAGGAACACUAUUGGGGUGAUAGGCACCACCUCCUCCCCAAAGGCUCCUGGGUCAACCCACAGCUUCCCUCCUGGGGCCACAGAUGGCCCACUGGCCCUCCCUGGACAGCUACAGGGAAACUCCACCAUGGAGCCACCCUCCUGGCCUUCCCGUACUGAGGACCCCACCGGCCACGUCAUGUGGCAUGCCACCCGUUCCACCCGGGAAACACUUCUGAAUCCCACGUGGCUGCGAAAUGAGGACAGUGGACUCUCCGGUUCUGUAGACCUGCCAUUGACCUCCACCCUCACAGCUCUGAAGACCCCCGCCUGUGUUCCUGUCUCCAUUGGGAGGAUCAUGGUCUCCAAUGUGACCAGCACCGGCUUCCACCUGGCAUGGGAGGCGGAUCUUGCUAUGGACUCCACCUUCCAGCUCACUCUGACUUCCACCUGGAGCCCUGCUGUGGUCCUAGAGACCUGGAACACGAGUGUGACACUGUCGGGGCUGGAGCCUGGGGUCUUGCACCUGGUUGAGAUCAUGGCCAAAGCAUGUGGGAAAGAAGGUGCCAGAGCUCAUCUGAAAGUGAGGACAGCAGCCCGGAAGCUCAUUGGAAAGGUCAGAAUCAAAAAUGUCAGGUACUCAGAAUCCUUUCGCAACGCAAGCAGCCAGGAGUGUCGAGAUUUCCUAGAACUAUUCUUCAGGACGGUGCGGGGCUCCCUGCCAGCCACCAUGUGUCAGCACAUGGACGCUGGCGGGGUCAGGAUGGAAGUCAUUGGCGUCACCAACGGCAGCGUCGUGGUGGAGUUUCACUUGCUGAUAAUCGCAGAUGUGGAUGUCCAGGAGGUGUCAGCUGCAUUUCUCACCGCCUUCCAGACCGCGCCUCUGCUGGAGGUGAUCAGAGGCGACACCUUCAUACAGGAUUACGACGAGUGUGAAAGGAAAGAGGACGACUGUGUGCCGGGGACAUCCUGUCGAAACACCCUCGGGUCUUUCACUUGUAGCUGCGAGGGAGGAGCCCCCGACUUCCCUGUGGAAUAUUCUGAGAGACCCUGUGAAGGUGACUCUCCUGGCAAUGAAACCUGGGCCACCAGCCCAGAGAGGCCUCUCACCACAGCAGGGACCAAGGCUGCCUUUGUGCAAGGCACCAGCCCCACCCCUCAAGGCCUGCCCCAGCGGCUGAACCUGACCGCAGCAGUCAGGGUGCUCUGUGAGAUCGAGAAGGUGGUUGUCGCCAUCCAGAAGCGCUUCCUGCAGCAGGAAUCCAUCCCCGAGUCCUCGUUGUACCUCAGCCACCCCUCCUGCAACGUGAGCCACAGCAAUGGCACACACGUGCUCCUGGAGGCCGGCUGGAGCGAGUGUGGGACCCUCAUGCAGAGCAACAUGACGAACACCGUGGUGAGGACCACGCUGAGGAACGACCUGUCCCAGGAGGGCAUCAUCCACCACCUGAAGAUCCUGAGCCCCAUCUACUGCGCCUUCCAGAAUGACCUGCUGACAUCCUCCGGCUUCACCCUGGAGUGGGGGGUUUACGCCAUCAUCGAGGACCUCCACGGUGCUGGGAAUUUUGUUACUGAAAUGCAGUUGUUUAUCGGAGACUCUCCCAUACCUCAGAAUUAUAGCGUGUCUGCCAGUGACGACGUCAGGAUCGAAGUGGGGCUCUACAGGCAGAAAAGCAACCUCAAGGUGGUCCUGACGGAGUGCUGGGCAACCCCGUCUAGCAACGCCCGGGACCCCGUCACCUUCAGCUUCAUUAACAACAGCUGCCCCGUGCCCAACACAUACACCAACAUGAUUGAGAACGGCAACUCCAAUAAGGCCCAGUUCAAGCUGAGGGUCUUUUCCUUUAUCAACAACUCCAUCGUCUACCUGCACUGCAAACUCCGCAUCUGCAUGGAAUCCCCCGGGGCCACGUGCAAAAUCAAUUGCAAUAACUUUCGGUUGCUGCAAAAUAGUGAAACCUCUGCCACACACCAGAUGUCCUGGGGACCCCUCAUCCGGUCUGAAGGUGAGCCUCCACAUGCAGAAGCAGGCCUGGGUGCCGGUUAUGUGGUCCUUAUUAUGGUGGCCAUCUUCGUGCUGGUGGCGGGAACAGCCACCCUUCUGAUCAUGCGCUACCAGAGAAUGAAUGGGAGAUACAACUUUAAAAUCCAGUCCAACAACUUCAGCUACCAGGUGUUCUAUGAAUAGGAGGCGCAGGCUGACAGGAAGGUCGCCGUGAGUCAACCUGCCUCCAGAACCUCAGAGCUUCCCUGGUGGGCUCCCCCGGGAUCCCCAGUGUCUCUCUGCGCCUCCACCCAUCCCUCGGUUCUUAACUCUUCAAGCCUUAACGGAGGUCUGCUCUGACGGGUGGGCUCUGCCAGAGCCCGGGUGAGCCCAGAAAGGAAGACAGCAGCCACCGUCUGCCCCGAAGAGGCAGGCCGUCCUGUAGGUCCUAGAGGAGCCACAGCCCACGGGCAGAUGAAGGGGCUGCGGAAGACGGGGGUAGUCCUGGGGGUGCUGCGGCUACACCACCACCCGCGCGGCCCCCACAGCCCAGACCUCCCAGGCCUGUGACCCUCCACACCAGCCCUCAGAACCCUCCUGGGCUUGCCCUCCCUUGGCGUCCGUCACCCUUUGGCAAAUAUAGAAUAUUUCACAUUCUCAGAGAGACCCGACCGUGCUCUUGAUGCUUUUGAAAAUAGGUCAGUCUUAGAAAUAUACUGCUAAUGUUAUUUUUAGUGGAUGUUUAUGCUCUUUGACUUUUCUCCUGUGUACCAAGGUAUUGCUUUUAUUUACACGACAGCGACUCAAAAGGCACUCGAUUAAUGUGACAACCUUUUCAAUAAGUAGAAAUAACGUAGGUACACAUCACUCUUUACAUUUUUCUAAGCAUUUUCACAGCCGUUUCUUCAUAUAAUCUGACCACAGUGGGAGGUGUGAUUUACCCAUUACACAAUGAGAAACCAGAGGAGCUGAUGAGUUACUUAAUUGAGGUCACAGAAUGAAUUAGCAAGAAAAUGGUUCUAAAAUCUAAGUAUUUUAGUCUAGAAUUUUCUCCAUUAUAUCAUCCUAAGAGAUAAUGCUCUGUACUUCAUUUGAAAUAAACUAGAAUUGUAUUAGAUAGCUCACACCUGAAAGUAGAGUGUUUUUCCUCAAUGAACUUAGAAUUAUAACAUGGCCUUAGUUUUCAACCCAUGAUACUAAUUUUGUUGAAUAUAAUUAAUUGUCAUUCAUACAGAACAUUUGGGGAAAGGAGUAUUUUGAUUUACUGGAUAUUCUCAGAGUCAGUAAAGAAUGACAGUGGGUAAUAUGUGUGGAUCACAGAUUCUGAUCAAGUAGAAUC